AUGCCUGCUCCUUACUCUGACAAUCUCUAUUCCGCCGACUCUGACGAUGAACGUGAUGCCCUCUCGCCAACAGACGGUUACUUCCACGCGUCGUCUGAGUCGUCGUCAUCUCGCUCUGGACAAAACGUACCUCAUGUGCCAAACGUGCUUGUCGAGGACCCAACUCAGUUGAGUCGCGAUGCAAAGAUCCAAGAGGCAGAGAGGGAGAGGAGGUUGUUAAAUACCGGCGGAGGCUCUGCUGAACACAACCUUGAAAGCACUGCCUCAUCACACGAGAACGCGAGUGGCUCAGAGAACCCCAUUGCAUCGACGCCACGUUCUCCUCCAAGACCUUCUCCCCUGUUUGCUCACCCUGUUGACGCACCACCUGCUUACUCGCCCUCACCUACUACAACUUCGCCGCCAACUACAGUGAACAACUAUCAGACCUUUGCUUCUACAGCUACAAUGGGUCGACCUGAAGAGAGUAGACCUCUGAUCAGCCAUGCUCCAGAGUCUAUGAGUACCCCCUACAACUCAGCUCAAGAACCAUCACGUUGGCAACAAUUCAAAGACUCCGUCUCAAACUUCAACAUCAGGAAGAAAGUCAAGACAAUCCUUGCUUCGCUUCUCAUUUUCUCUGUCGUUUUUAUGAUCUUCAUCGAGGAUAACGAUCCCGUUGCACCACCUGCCGAUAACGGCGAUAACUUUGACUGGAAUCCUUCGCGAACUUGCCUACAAAAGCCCCACCACUUCGCCGCCGUCAUUGAGGAAAUUGAUAUCCAAUCUGAUCGCAACCUUAGCAUUAUACAAAGAAUGGUCAAGUCCGAUGACCUUGAAGGAUGGAGCACCCAUGUCUCUGGUGAAGUUAUUCUUCGGCCUGUAGAUGAUUCCUCGCCUACUAGUAUCGAGCUGCAGGUUAUCUCCAACCACGACAAUCUCAGGGUCAAAGCCGACUUCGACAAGACAACUCAAGUCUUUGAGAUCAAGGUGCCAUCCAGGAUCGCCUGGAGCUUGUCCGACAAGGCCCCUUGCAUCCAAAUACGUAUCACGGUCUCGACUCAUCGUGAGGCUAUCCUUCAACAUCUUAACAUUGAGACCCAGCAGCUUGACAUCAACCUCCAAGAGGGGGUCGUUCUGGGAGUUCAGAACGGGGUUGACAUGCGAAGCGCCAGCGGUGAUCUCACCUCCCCUGGUAUCAAAACGAUCAAGGGCAAGGAAGUUGUUCCUUACACACUCUCAUCCCGCGAAAUCCGCAUCCAUACGGCCAGCGGCAAUGUCAAGGGAUGGUAUCCCCUUUACGACCUCCUCGACAUCUCGACGGCCUCAGGCGAUAUCAUCACCAACAUUGGACCGAAGCCCGUGAACCCUCAGAAUGUUCGCCCUGCAGAGCUUCGUGUGCGCUCCGCUUCAGGCACGAUCAAGAUUGAUGAGCCUCUCACAAGUGCUCAGAAGGCUGCUCGCCCAGAUCGCGAAUUCCCACCACGUGACUACACAAUUGAUAUCAUCACGGCGUCGGGAGAUAUCACGGCCGAUGUCGCCGCGAGCUCGUCGGCGUCUUUCAAAUCGCAGUCUGGUGAUAUGACGCUGCAAAUCUGGCCAGUGCUGGACUCGAAUUUGUUAACUAUAAACGAAAAGGCGAAGCCAACAAUCAUCACGGACACAAAGAGCGGCGAUACGCAUGUGACGAUUCUGGAGCCCCUGUGGACAAGCCUUGCUACCAUCGGCGAAACGAUCCCCCCCGUCAAGCCUUAUGAUCCGACGGAUGGUAGCGAUCCAUACAUUGUUCUCCCGGAAGGGUCUGACCUUGCUGGAAUUAGCAUGGCCAGACCCGUGCUUUCGGUUCUUCACUCCACACACAAGUCAGUCAGCGGCAAAAUUGAGCUCUACUAUCCUAAUUCUUGGGAGGGCCUGUUCUUUGCAAACUCCGUUACGGGUUCACAAGAAUUCAAGGGCAAGGGCGUGAUAGUUGACGGUGGAAGAGGAUCGCUUCCACCACAUCUCAUCAGUGGAAGAAAGGGCAAGGGGUUCUCCCAGCUUGACAUUAGGACCGUGUCAGGCGAUCAAUUCGCCCUGCUCGGAGAGGAAGAAUGA